AUGGGGGUGAUGGCGGCGCCUUGCGCGGCGGCGGGGGGGCUGGGGGCGGAGGAGGUGACGGUUACGCCGGAAAGCGACGGGGAGGAGCUCUUGAGCCUCUUCGAUUGCGAGGGCGGGGAGUUCAACGUGUCCUGGUCGGGCGAGGUUGCCGUUCCAGGGACGAUUUACAUCGGCCGCGGGACGACGGUGCGCAUCUUCGGCGAGCCCGGCAACAGCAGCAGCGGUAGCAACGCCACCACGCCCAGUAGCGGGAGCAGCAGUGCCACCGCCGGCGACUCGAGUGCUGCUGCUGGAAGCAGUGGCAGUUCUAGCACCACCACCAGCACCACCGGCAGCAGUAGCAGCAGUAGCUUAAGCAGCAGCGUCGAGAGAGACCAGGCGUGGGUGGAAGCGCUGUCGAAUAGGCUGCCCCCGCUGCCGAACGGCCUCACCUCCGUCGCGAUGGGAACCUUCGCGGCGGCCUCGACAACGACUACUAGCAGCACCAGCGGCACGUCCUCGAGCGGCAACUCUUCCUCCUCCUUCCCCUCCAGUACGCAAGAGGGUGAAGAGGCCGAAACAACGACACCGACGGGACCGCUCUUUUUCGUCGAUGGCGGACAGCUCUUCCUCGACAGCCUAGCGGUCCGCGGGGGCUACACGUCCAACUCCACGGGCUCGUUCACCUACACCGCCAGCACGGACGCCGCCGACGACGCUGCCAACAGCACAAACACCUCCGGCGUCAAUGAAACCGCCAUUGCCACCGUGGUGAUCAGCGGAGGAGGCGUUCAUGCCAUCGACUCCAACGUGACCGUCACCGGGUGCGAGUUUGAGGCGAACUACGCCGACUUCUGGGGCGGCGGGAUCUUCGCGAACGGUUCGACCUUGGUCGUGCGCGGGUCCGUGUUCCGCCGCUGCGAGGCCGGGGAGGUGCCUUUGCCGGGGGACGAGGACGUCGACGGGGCCGGCGGCGCGAUCGGGGCGGAGUUCACGGACGUGCUUGUCGACGGCUGCCUGUUCGAGAAGUGCUUCGCCAGCAAGAAGGGGGGAGGCAUGCACCAGGGGAUAGGCCAGAUAUCGGUGCUGGACUCGGUCUUCUACAACAACACGGCUGGGAGCGCCAACAGCGAAGACGAUGACGAGAUCGGGGAGGGCGGUGCCAUCUCCUUCACCGUGUGCAACACUUCUUUCGACGGCUUGGCGGCCUGCGGGGCCAAUGACACCGUAUUCUUCGAGAACGACGUAGGCCGCAAGCGCCGUCUGUUGUGUUCGAUGGAAAUGUCGACGUGCAUGGGGGACGCGAGGGCCCACCUCGACAACGCCGGCGUGGUGAACCUCGGCGAGUUCGCCACACUCUUUGUGGAGGGAGACGGCAACGUUUUCGCGGGAAACGAGUGCGGCCAGAACGGUGCGGUGCUCGGAGCCACCACCAACACGACCAUCGUCAUCGAGGGGGGAACCUUCUUCGGCAACGAGGCUGCGGAUGGUGGCGGCGUGAUCUGGACCAGGGGCGACGUGACCAUCCUCGGGGGAAAAUUUUCGGGAAACGAUGGGGCGGAAUCGGGAGGAGUAGUGUUUGCUUCGGAGGAAAGCAAGAUCGUUAUUGCAGGUGGUCUCUUCCAGGGUAACGAGGCGUUGGACGGAGGCGUGGUGUUCGUGGGCGAGGGGGCGGCGGUGGAAGUGGAAGGAGGCGUUUUCGACUCUAACCUUGCUGGCAGUCUGAUAGACAGACGGGCAUGGAAAGAAGGGGGGCUUUACGGGUCUCGAAACAACAACGAGCCCCCAUCCAUUAUGACAACCAAGACCCGGUACACACCAACAUCAAUCGCACAGAUCACGCAAGGAACCUUCACGAACAACGAGGCCGACUUCGGGGGUUUUCUGUAUAAGGAGGGGUCGGGGAACGCCUACUGCACGGGUGCGAGCGUCGUGGGGCACCGCGGCGUGGACGGGGGUGCCGUGUAUGCCGUCGAGGGCGCCAAGCUGGAAUGGGGGUGCCACCUGGUGAACAACUCUGCGCUUGCGGGGCCUGCCAUCUACGCUCGGGACAAUGCGGAGGUGGUCCUUCGCGGGGCAGAGCUUAACGACAACGUCGUGGCUCGCGGGAGCGUCGUCUUCGUCGUUUCCAGCAACCUCACCACAUACCAGACCGUUUUCACGGACACCGGGGGGUCUGCUGACCUGUCUGCGGUCCAAGCGGACGAGGACUCUAGCUACAAGGCUGAGGACACCUCGUUCGUUGGCUUCGCCGGAGAGGCGGUGGUCUUCUGCGAAGGGAUUCUGUAUCUAGACGAUUGCGACUUCAGCGGCAGCACCGCCUCGGUGCUGGUCCAGUCGGAAGAAAAUUUCACCACUGUGCGGAACGCCGUCCUGGGGGACAACAACUAUUUCGACGUGGCGAAGGCGGCUUCGACGGCCAACGAGAUCCCUACGGCCGAACCGCUGAUGAACGUAGAUGUCACUUGCGACGGAUGGAUGCGGUUCUCGUCGACCCCUCCCUGCAGCGAGGGGUCCCCGUGUAUCGACGGCGACCUCGGGGUGUACUGUCAGUGCUACACGCGGGAGUCUUCCAUAGCAGAGGGUUCCCCCGCCGAGACGUGCGUCACGGGAGACCCGGGGCUGCUUAACCUCACGGUGCUGUCGGAACCCGCUGACGCCGUCUUCCCUACCAAGCUCGACGGGGAACUCCUCCUCACCCUUAAUGACGAUGAAACCGCCACCACUACCAGCAGUGCAGGGGGCUCCGGGGUAGUCGUGUCGGGGGUGGGGGGGACCGAAGGCGGCGUGAUUUGGAACGUUUCGGCGUUGCUGUUGUCUUCGGAGGAAGGGUUAAUGGAUUGGACGGUGUUUCCGUCGACCGGUCUGCUGCUCCCGGGGCGGAGAUUGGAUUGCUCCGAGCUCGUGCACAUCAAGAGCUGUACGGAACCCUAUCCCUUCCUUCCGUACCCCCUGCGCGACAGCAUCACACUCCACGUGGUGACCCUCCCCAGCGAAGAGUUCAACGGAGAGACCACAGUGAGCUUCCAGGCGGACGGGAUGCCUCCUCCCGCUUCUCCUGUCGCCGAGACCGCCGCUGCUGGCGUCGUCCAGACCACUUCGUUAGCGGAUGUUGGGGAGAGGGAGACAGCCACUGCUUCCUUCGACGUGUCCUUCGUCCGCUGCGAAAGCGGGACAUACUGGAACAACUCGUGCGAUGCGAAAGAGUCCGCUUGCUGCGAGCUGUGCACGGAUGUCGGUGGAGACGAAGACGGGGUUAACUGCGAUGAAAAUGGCGCGACGACCCGAACUCUCCCCGUCCAACCGGGGUACUGGCGAGCUUCGCUGGAUUCCGUCUACAUCCGCCAAUGCUUCAACGAGGACGCCUGCCAAGGAGGAAGCAUCGUCGCCAGUGAGCAGGAGUACUGCAACGCCGGCUACGAGGGGCCCCAGUGCGCCGUGUGUGCCCCGGGGUACGGCAGGGGGGUGGCAAACGCGUGCCACCUGUGUACGGCUAGCUUCAAGGGAGGCAUGUACUUCGUACUUGCUGUCGCAGCGCUGCUGACGCUCUUCGUGGCCGCACUGCUAGCGGUGUACCUGGUGGGAGGUAGGGGCGCGGUGUCAACCACCAUGACCAACACCCGGGAAUCGGUCAGGAUGCUACAGAGGCGCGGCUCCGGCCUGCUCCGUUCGGAGGGGACGAACCGUCGCUUCAACUUCAGCGCCAGCGGGGACGGGAGCAGCGGGGAGCACCCCUCUAAGAGCGGUGGCGCUCUCAAGAGCGUUGGCGAGGAGAGCGAUGGCGGUGAAAGUGGCGGAAGCGGCCGGUUCUUGGGGGCAUGGGGUCGCCGGAAGAGCACCAGAAUCGGGGCCCCUCCUCCCGGCUCUACUACCACCCCCUCUGCUGCGGCUUCAGGCCCAUCGAGCUCCGUCAACGACAGUAAGGGCGCCGGGAGCAAGUCGGACUCUGCAGGCACCGUGGUAGCCGGCUUCGCUCCUCUUGCUCGUAGCCGUGCCGCCGCCGCCGUGGGGGGCACUGCAGCCGGCGGCAUCCUUGUACCCCCCACCAUGCGGCGGGCCGACAACGAAGAGGAGGCAGACGUGAGCAACAACACGGUGGGGAGCAGCAGCAGCGGCCGCGACCUACAACCCUCUGCUGCGCCGGCCGCGCGGGGCCCUGGCGGUGGCGGGAAGGGGCCACGCGGACGGCAGCAGCAAGGAGGGGGUGGCGGCGACAGGAAGAAGACGGCCGCUGCUAGGAUCGGGGAGAUGCUGGCGCGUCUGCCCCUGUCCAAGCUCAAGAUCGUCAUAGUCGUGUGGCAGAUAUCGAACGCGUUUGCGGAGAUCACGAAGGUGCCGUUCCCCCCCGUAUACGAGAAAUUCCUGUCCAUCAUCGGGAUAUUUUCGUUCGACCUUGGCUGGAUGAUAUCGGCGGCGUGCCUAACAGCGGGCGUCGACUUCUACGACAAGCUUCUGAUCGUCACCAUAGGGCCCGUAGGCCUCCUCCUCCUGCUCGGCUUCACGUUUUACCUCGGGGCCCGGCCCGUCCGCAAGGGGAGGAUAGUCGACAUGAGCUCCCGGAGCACCGCCAGCGACAGCGUCAGCUCCGCCACCGUCGCCACGCUCGAAGCCUACGACAGUGGCAGCAGCAGAAGCGUGAGACCUCAAGCAGCAGCGGCAGCAGCAGCAGCAGCAGCGGGCGAUUCUGCGCGUGGGACCGCGUCCACUACCGCCUCCGCUAGACGGGGGAAGGGGGCUUCACGUACGGCGAUGGCGGCGGCGGCGGCGGCGGAGAGGGCACGGCAGGGGAGGGCGAGGCCGUCCGCUAGGAGGGUCUGGAGGAACGGUCCCGGUGACGAGUCAGACAUUGAGCAGAACCACCUGUGGGAGCUGUUCGCCAGGCACACCACCAUGAUGCUCAUCAUCCUGUACCUUGUGUACUCACAGGUUUCCACCGUGGUGUUCCAAGCGUUUGCUUGCGAAGACUUCCCCGAGAUCGGCAAGAGCUUCCUUCGGGCGGACUUCCGGAUAGAGUGCGACACGCCCAAGCACGACAACUACAAGAUUUACGCCGCCGUCAUGAUCUGCAUCUAUCCUCUCGGUAUUCCAGCAGCCUUCUGGUACUUCCUCAGGAGGCAGAGGUCGCGCAUCAAUCCGCCCACAGACAAGGGGCUGAAGGACCAACGAGGGCGCAAGCAUGUUGUGGAGGAGAAGAUGAAUCAGAGGAGGACGGACCGAGCAAUUGCGCCGACUUCUUUCCUGUGGAACGCCUACUACCCGAACCGAUACUACUACGAGGUAUUCGAGUGCAUGCGGCGUCUACUGCUUACUGGGCUGCUGGUAUUCGUCGUGCCCGACACGCCGGGACAGGUGGCUUUCGGUUGCGUCUUCGCUUUCCUUAGCCUGUUGGCGUUUGAGCUGCUUCGGCCCCACACGGACCACCUAGACAUGCAGCUCUACCGUACGGGAUGCCUGGUGAUCUUCUUCACCAAUUUCCUGGCCCUAAUGAUCAAGGCCAACGUAGCCAACCCGGACUCUAGGGGCUCGGCGGUGUACUCGGUCGUGCUGAUCAUCGUCAACGUGCUCUUCUUCCUGUCCAUCUUCUGGAAUACCUGGGCCGCAGCUAAGGCCUCCUUCAGCAGACGCCACGACAUGAUGCUGGGAGUCGACAUCGUCAACGAGAAACAGCUGGACAAGAUCAUCGGCCCCAAGAAGGCCAAGGCCAAGAAGACCAAGCAGCAGAAGCUCGACGAUGCCCUCGGUCCCGACGAUGGCGCCGGCAUCGAUAAGGCCGUCGAAGACGGGAAGCUGGAAGACCUUGAGGCUGCCCCAAUCUGGGAAGCGGACCCGGACGACCCUCCCGACUCGCCCGUCGACAUCAGCAGCAGGGUUUUUGCCCGGGACCCCGUUGGGCACUCGGUUGCGAGCACGGUGGCGAUACCCUCCAAUUUCAGGGGGGCUCCGUCUAUCAACGCGUCUCCCAGCGGUGCCGGCGGCCCCGGCGUCGCUGGCAGACGUUCCGUAAACUCUGUCGAUUCUGUUUCUGUUUCUGCUUCUGCUGCUCCUGCCCGUAGGGGGGGUGGGUCGUACCCGGUAGCGUGGGGCGGCGGAGGGGCCCCCGCGACCGGCGGUGGGGGGGUAACAAGAAACGCCGGGGACCCCGAUGCGGGGUCGUCGCCGUCGGUGGAAGCGACGGAGUGAGAAAAUGAAGGGUACCAGCAACGGACAUGGUUGGGCCGGGCGGUGGGUGGUUGCUUCGCCGUUAGUGCGAUGUUGACGUCGCUCGUUGUUUUCGGCAGCGGCCUUGAGGAGAAAUGUCCCUACCCCUAUGGGUCACGGCAAAAGAUGAUCAAUGUGUAUCGGAGGCAAGAGUUUUGUGCAAUGUUUUCUCUUUGUCGUGAGAAUAUCGUUGUUUCGACCUCUGCUUGCCGUAUGUACCAACAAACGCACGGCCUGAGGAGGAUAAAAGCGGGAGGGAGGCUGGUGAGCUUUUAAACCACAACAACAGCCCACCAGGCGGACCAGCCAAGUGAUUCCGGGUGCAAAAUAUUUUGUUUCCUGUGAAAUGGGUCCAGUCAUUGCUAAGCCCCUUUUCAUUCAUGCAUUGACACAUGGGUGGUCGUGCUGGGCAUGAUUUCUCGACUGUUUCUUUCUCAGCGGAUGCCGGCCUGUGUAACACUUGAUUCCGGCGCGGAAUCUUGGUUGUGUUUCAUUUAUUCGCGGAUGACAGCCACUGUGUUGCCAAUUGACAGAAGCACACGCCUUCCGAUAACCAGGCCUUGCCGCUUCUGUUGGCGACUAUUGUUUGCGGGAGGACAUGGGGGUCUACGGUUGCCUGCGCAGCUCUGUGAAGAUGGUUGAUAGGAGCAUCCACUCAAGAUUUGGCCAGCUGUCGACAUUUGGACAUGACGUGCAUGUGGUAGACGAAAACCCCAGCCUUUUUUUCAUGUAUUUUUCUUUAUGCUAAGGCCCAUCAUCACUUGUUAUUGUUAUGGCUGGUCCUUCUGCGGCCCCUCUUUGGGGCAUACUGUAGAGUGAAUGCCUUCCGGUGGGUGGUGCUUUCUUGGCUCUGUUGGCGCCCUGGUCGAUUUGCUCUAAUCAUCUCCGGGUGUUUUGUCCUUGUUUUUCGUGUGUUUUUGGUUCAUUUUUUACAUGCAAACGAUGAUACAAAAUCUAUCUCCGUUCAAGCGUUCAUAUCUUGGUCCUCUCGAGCCAAUUUUGUUUCGGGCAUGAUGGCUUCAGGUCUUCAGGUACAAGGGCAUGUGUUUGCGCAACAAACGUUGCAUGCAGAAUGUUUUUUGUUAAUGGCGUUUUUUUUCGUCUUUCGAUGCAUGAGGGUACAGUCUACCAGCAGGAUACUCGUGCAUGUUUACAUGUAAAAGCGCUGGUGGCGCUCGAUUACUUUGUUUAGUUCGGCCAACUUUUUUUUUUUGUUUCGCCUUGUCCCGGUAUUAUAAAGCAGUGCUGUGACUAACCGGUGAUUUUGCUCAACCGCUGGUUAAUUGCGCACUCGUACAUGGUUGCAUGUGAAGGCGCUGGCGGCGCUCGAUAUCGUUGUUUAGUUCGGGCUACUUCGUGAUUUCGUCUUGCGUAGCUCCUGUCUGUCCCGGUAUUGCAAAGGGGUGCGGCGAUAAUGCGGUGCUUUUGCGCAACCGCUGGUUAAUUCGGCACCCAUAUAUGUUAAUGUUUGCACGUGAAAGCCCCUGGGGCGCUCGGUUUCGUAUCAAUCAGCGGCUCUUGGUUGUUGCUUUCUUGUCUAUCCGGCGAGUAUUCAUUCACGUGGUCUUCUGCUGCGGGUAUUUUUAAGCGGUGCGGUCAUUGAGGGGAGAGUGUGCGCAAAGGUCGCUGGUUGAUGGCUCCUGAUCGGUAGCCUCACGCGACGAUGCCUCACGAGGACGCGCCUGUAAUGUGGUAGAGGGGAUGAUGAUGGUAUGGAAGGCAUUUACUCUCUUCUCCAGGUUGACUUUGAGGGCGGGGGUUGGUAACGUGACGAUUGAUUGGGCGUUUUGAUAGCUCCCCCGUUAACUGACCAUGAUCGAUCGCUCUCACGAUACGGGGGCUCCUGUACCAGGGAUGAGAUGUAUUGUUAACAUUUGGCACGUGAGGCAGCCGGUAUAUUCACAGUGAUUGCAUGUUGAUGUUUCAUGUAGUAGUUAGUUGAAAGGCUGGGAUCGAGAAAUGGGCUAGAGCGUUUCCCCUUUCCAGCAGGUUAUGCCCGCGAACAUUCGGUAGUAUCCGAUGGUGACGCAAGCACCAGUACAGGUACCAAGUUUACAAGUUUGUUCAGGCAAUAUAUCUACAUGUUGUGCGGGUAUGUGUCAUCCCCAUAAUUGCGUUUUUUAUUCACCUGCAGAGCCACUUGUAAGAAGAAGAGCCGGCUGGUCUGGCAUGGCUUUGCGGUGUACGGUUGGUUGCGUGAUGCAACAUUCAUGACACGCGUACGUGCCUUUUGCACGGCAGCCAAGCGCAAAAUAGCUUGAUCGUGCCCCUUGUACGGACGCACAGCUUGGAGGGAAAGGAUGAAUUUUGGUGGUUGACUUCUUCUAAGGAGAGGUGGGUUGUUGGUUAAUAACCUUGAUCGGUCUAUCUGGCAACAGGUCAUGAGCGUCGCGGGAAAUUCGUCGUUAGUCUAUUGAACGAGCAUCAGGAGGAAAUUGGGAGAGGGGUGGCCUUCGGCAAAAUCUCGUACUUUUGGGAGCCUUGGUCGACAUGAUAACCUUGUAAUUGCAAGCAUAUGGAUAGAUACAUGAAGCGCAUGUAGGGCGGUUUCGGGUGGUUGAUAAUUGACCGUCCGGAAAGCUCACGUAUUCAAAUUGUGUCUGUUUCAGCUUUCCGUUGAUCGCGUUCACUUUCGCGUAGUAAGUUUUCUGGCCCUUCGAUAUAACACGGUGGGCGAAAGAGGAAGAAAUAGCGGCGGAUCUAACGCGUGCCCCCUGUAAUACCAUCCCCUUGUGAGCUCUAUUUUUGACGAGUAUUUGAUUAGC